AUGGUCGAUUCACCUAACACUCUGUCUUCCACGAGCAACGCGCUUACGAUAAACGAUCUUCCACCUGACAUUCUCGACGAGAUACUUCUGCAUGUUCCACGGGUGUCACAGAGGGAUGUGCCGCUUCAGGAGAGAGAUGAUCUGCUUUGGGAAGAGGAUGUACCAUUUCAAGAAUCUAUGAGGUACCUGGGCACGUUUCUUGGUGACUAUCCGAGGAGUCCACCUGCGGAAACUAUGCUGGCACCACUGCGCCUCGCUCAGGUUUGCAGGCUAUGGCGCGACGCGGCUACAACACUUCCAGCUUUAUGGACAGACGUCAACGUUCGUCUAUAUAGACAUAACUCCGAGGAACGAGAUGCGUGGUUUGUAUGGGCCGUCGACACUUGGAUGGAGAGAUCGAAGGCUUCUCCGCUUCGGCUCUCCGUUGAGUGCGACACUCUGGACGUUUCGGAGUGGAAGUUUGAUGUCGCAGUGCACAUUCUAAAGAAAUUACUGGACCACCAAAACCGCUGGCGCGUCGCUCAUUUUGCCUUCAUCGGGCACAAUCCUAAGGAACUGCCACAGCUACAUCUUGUUGACGCACCGAUCCUCGAGUCACUCUUCGUUUGCUGGGAUGGAAUUGCUGUCGACUACAGCAUGUCACAGGUGCAUCUUGACUUUUCCUCUUCUCCGAGCCUGAGGAGUCUACACUUGACAAGUUAUCCUCACAUUGAACCUGGGCAACUUUCGGGUUUGAGAGAAUUGAGUCUACACGGUACUCUCUCAUUGUAUGGGCACGGCGUACAGCGAGCGUUUCCUCUGGAAAUCUUCCGACACAUGCCGAACUUGGAGAUCCUCAAGACACGGUCUCUCGAAUGCACAUUCCACGACCUGUCCGAAAAUUCACAGAGCCCUCCAAUUGUACUGCACGAGCUACAUACCCUUGUGCUCUGUUGCGAUGUUGUUUCUAGACUUAUUGUCAAGAGACUGACCCUUCCGGCUCUGAGGCGGUUGAUUCUCGACCAUUUCCCUGGAGAUAACAUUGAGGAACUUUCGGUUAUGCUUGGACGGUCCCAGCCACCCUUAGAAUAUCUGGAACUCUCUGGCAGAUAUUUCGAUGAACGGGCAUAUAUGCACACCCUGUUACUCUGUCCAAGCGUGAAGACUCUUUGCAUUGUUACCUCGGGAAGGAGACAACCCCACUUUGUGCCCAAAUCUCGAGAAGCUUUGUAUCAGGAACUGCUUUUGGAAUGCGUAUGGAGGAAAUGA